AUGGAGAACGCGAACUUGACUUCUCUCCCUCCUUCAAUGCUUCAUAAGAUUCUCUCUAAAGUAGUAAAUACCGGUAUUCGGAACUUUGGUUCUACAAGGAUUGUUUUUCCCGGGUUCAAUGAAGUUGGAAGAGAUGAUCACUUCUAUAGAUCGGCCAGUCUCAUUUGCUUCAAUGACUGGGUAAACGAGGUCAAUGGUAUUCGAGCUUUCAAGCUUAAAUGCUACCGUUUGGGUAAUCCUGAGGCCAUCUACCUGAGAGAUGCUACGCUUAACUUAGCCUUUAGCGUUGAUGGUAGAGGAAUUGUUCACAACUACCCUGCUUUUACUCGUCAACAUGUUGACGAGAUGUUUCAAAUCAUCACUAGUUGGGAAAUCUCAGGCGAUUGGGAUUACGAAAAACCUCCCAUGUUUAUAUCUGUGGCUGAAAGGGUAGAUCCUAAUGUGCCACAUUAUUGCUGGUGCUCCAACCUAGACCCUCCAAUGCUUGUAAUCUCCCUAGAUGGAUCAAGAUUACGGUGGAAAUGCGAUCGUUGUUUCUGGAAUUGUGCAGCUUGGUACUUCUGCUAUGCCAUACACUCGACUGCUCGUGCCUGGCCCACUGAAGAUUAG